AUGGAGGCCGCGUAUCCGGAUUGGUCCGCCCUCCCUGAAGACCUGAUAGCGCUGGUGCUGCGUGUGCUGGACAUCCCCGAUCUGUUCCGCGCCGGGGCCGUCUGCCUGCCGGCGCCCGCGUUCCGCAGCCGCUACGUCGUGGGCUCGGGGCACGGGUGGGUCGUCACCGCCGACGAGGAGUCCAACCUCCAGCUCCUUAAUCCUCUCACCACCGCCCAGCUGGAUCUCCCGCCCGUCACGGGGCUCCACCACGUUGAGAGUUUCACCGACGAGCAGGGGCGAUCCAUGUACAACCUCUACGGCGACGACCCGUGGCUUCCGGACUUCGCUAUGCCGUUUAAGCCCAAGAACCUGCGGCUCUUUCUGUAUCACCGGGCGUAUGUUGCCUGCAGGCCUUCCGCAGGGGCUGCUUGUGUCGUCCUGCUCCUGUGCCGGCAGAAUGGGGAGCUCAACUUUGCUCGGCUCGGCGAUGACCGGUGGACUCACGUCGCCGAGAGUGAGUUCGUCCGACAGGGCAGUGGCUACCGCGGCGCGGCUUACAACGACAAGGAUGAUAGAUCCGUCGUCUUGGCGCCCUGGGGAGACAUGUUGCAAGUGUGGAGACACGUUGAAGUGCGAUGGUCGGAGAACCUGCAAGUUUCGGCAGAGAUUGCUGAUGAAGUCAUUUGUCCGACCCGAGAGUCGUACACCGAUGACUUCGAGCUGUACAAGGUUGAUGUUCAUGAUCAGAAGCUCGUGAAGGUUGAAGGUGGGAGCUCCGAGGCCACGGUGACCAACAUGCAUGUCUGA